ACCGAAGCCCCGCCCCCAGCCGGCUCAAAAGCAGCAGCGGCCACCGCGCCCGCACCUCCUCGCACCUGGCACCACCACCAGCAAGCAAAUUCACGCGCUCCGCCGACCGCGCGCGCGCACAAGCGGUAGCAGCAGCUCGAGAGCGGCGAUGAACCGCCUGACGCCGGCGCACCACGGGGCGAUGCCGCCGCCGGGCCCGGGGCAGCUGGCGCGGUACGGCUCCGCGCCGGGCUCGCUCCUGGCGUCUAUCGCGGAAUCCGUCACCCGCGGCGGGGACCACGCCCCGCCGCCCGUCAGCCGGUUCUACUCCGCCGAGUCCUCCGGCCUCACCUCCUGCGAGUCCAGCUGCCGCACGGACGGCGGCGGCGGCCGGCCGCGCGCGCUCGAGCGGGCCUACGGCGGCUCCGGCGAGAUCCGCGUGCCACCGCCGCCGCAGCCGCAGCAGCACCAGUCGCUCGCGCCCCCGGGGCCGCCGCACGGGCUGCUCCGCCACAGCAGCUCCCCCGCCGGGCUGCUCUCCCGCCUCAUGGCCGACCCGCACGGCAUGGCUCCGGCGAGAGGGAUGGGCAGCUACUCGCAGGCGGGCACCGACGCCGCGAUGGCCCACGGCCACAGGCAGCUCAGCUCCCAGUGGAGCUUCUCCAGGCAGGACCUGCCGCAGAUCUCGGAGAUGGGGAUGAUCCCCGACAUCGGGGAGAGCAUCGUCGCCGGCGGGUGCAACAGCUCCAGCGACGGCGGAGGCGCCGCGCAGUCCUCCUCCUACCUCUCCAGGAACUUCUCCGUCAGCUCCUGGGACGACACCAACUCCAUCAUGUUCUCGUCCCCGACCAAGAAGCACAAGCUCGACGCGGCGGACGACAUGGUCACCAGCUUCAGCAACAUCGACUCCCAGUUUGGGUUGUCAAAGUCGUCGUUGGAGAUGCCCGGCAUGGAUGACUACCUGCAGCUGCAGCAGGACUCCAUCGCUUGCAGAGUUCGUGCAAAGAGAGGCUGCGCGACCCACCCGCGAAGCAUCGCUGAGAGGGAAAGAAGAACAAGGAUCAGCAAGAGGCUGAAGAAGCUGCAGGAUCUUGUGCCCAACAUGGACAAGCAAACAAAUACGUCAGACAUGUUGGAUCUUGCUGUAGAGUACAUCAAAGAGCUGAAGGGCCAAGUUGAGAAGCUAAAACACGACCAAGCAAACUGCUUUUGCUCAGGCACUCAGAACAGCUGACAGUGGAGAAGCAGAUGGACAAGGUCUUAUGUGGCACCGAUACGAUUGUUGAGCCCCAGUUUUUUGCUUCAGAAUAACUGGCUGCAGCAAUGCUUAACAUGUCAAGUCGCUUCCAUGACUCAGCUUUCCCUUUCAUGGUUGUACCACGGAUACCGUCAAUGCCUUCAAGACUAGAAGAUGACACUUAGGUUAUCAUAAUUUACCUCCUGUGAAGCGGUGUCUUAUGUGUAAAAAAUCCUCCAUUUCAGCACGAAUGGGAUUGCUGUUGGCAAAAUUAUUGUAGGAAUAUCUCGUGUGCUCUUUUGUCAUUGAGCUCAAUUUUGCACAUUACUAACUUGGCACUAAUAUUAAUGAGUACUAGGCAUGCAUACCAA